AUGGAUUUCUUUUUCAAAAAUUCGUACCUGGAACCCAAACCGGUGCUUGCCGGUACGAAUCACGCGUCUCCUUCUCAAUCCUUGACCGUUGCGGUAGCUAUUAGUGGUAGUACCAAAAGCAAGAAUGUACUCAAGUGGGCGCUCAAGAAGUUUGCUCCCGAGAAAAAUAUUGUUUUCAAGCUGAUUCACAUCCAUCCAAAGCUCACUUCUAUACCUACACCUUCCGGAAACAUAGUCUCUAUCUCUGAGGCACCAGAGGAUGUGGCGGUUACUUAUAGACGACAAGUGAUGGAGGAGACUAGAGAAACUCUUCUGAAACCUUACAAGAAGAUGUGCCAGCGUAAAAAGGUUGCAGUGGAAGUUCUAGUGAUAGAAUCAAAUAGUGUUGCAGUGGCAAUAACCAGAGAGGUUAAUCAGCACUCGAUCAGCAAGCUUGUUAUUGGACGCUCAUGUAACAACAAUUACAGGAAUAAUGAUAUUACCGCGAAAAUAUCACAGUCUGUGUCAAACCUUUGCACAGUCUAUGUGGUCUCAAAAGGAGUCUAUAUUCUCUCGGGAGGGAAAUUAGCUUCAUCUCCUUCAGACACAGAGAGGAAUGAAAUUUUAAGAGAUACUGGUAGUGAGAGAAGCUCCAGCUCUUCUUCUGGUUCAGGGACUAUCUCAGAUGCAAUGUCGUCAACAAAUGCAACACUCAAAUCCAAGUCUCUUGGUCUGUCCAAUAAGAGAUUGCAACAUCUCCCGACAAUAGUAAGAGGGGUUUCCGGUCGUGCCGAAACUGAGUCAGAUGAAACAGGAAGUGUGUGGUCGAAUGCUGCAGAGGAGGUAGGCAAGAGAGAAACAACAUCCUAUACCGAAUUGGAUGAGGGAAAAGACGGUAUCAGUCAUAUCUCUAGCAACCCUGAAUAUGAAAACGUUACUGAUAAAGGUGAAGAUUAUUUCACAGACGACCAGGACACACUUGACGAGAUUACAAAGUUGAGAGAUGAACUUAGACAAGCUCAUGAAAUGUAUGCAGUGGCUCAAGUAGAGACCUUGGAUGCUUCUAGAAAGCUAAAUGAGCUAAAGUUGGAAGAGCUAACACUAAAAGAGCAUGGAACAAAUGAAACACAGCAGAAGAGAAGUGAAGAGAAAGAGACCGCACAGAGAAGAGAAGCAGUAGACCGUGAAGCCAAAGAGAAGGAGAAGCUUGUAGAAAGCUCCUCCCUUGUGGCUCCUCCUAAGGUGCAAUACCAAGAGUUCACUUGGGAAGAAAUCAGCACCGCAACUUCAUCAUUCUCUGAGGAUCUUAAGAUCGGAGAAGGAGCUUAUGGUGCUGUUUACAAAUGCAGUCUUCAUCAUACAGUCGCCGCUGUCAAAGUUUUGCAUUCCCCUGAAAGUAAUCUAUCCAAGCAGUUCGAUCAAGAGCUCGAGAUCUUGAGCAAGAUCAGCCAUCCACACUUGGUUCUCCUAUUAGGAGCAUGCCCUGAGCGUGGAGCACUAGUCUAUGAGUACAUGGAGAACGGUAGCUUGGAAGAUAGACUGUUCCAAGUAAACAACAGCCAACCACUCCCGUGGUACGUACGUUUCAGAAUCGCUUGGGAAGUGGCAUCAGCGCUUGUCUUCCUCCACAAGUCAAAACCGAAACCAAUCAUCCACCGUGAUCUUAAACCAGCCAACAUCCUUCUUAAUCGAAACUUCGUCAGCAAAGUGGGCGAUGUGGGUCUCUCCACAAUGAUCCAAACCGACCUAUUAUCAACCAAGUUCACAAUGUACAAACAGACAAGUCCUGUGGGAACAUUAUGUUACAUUGAUCCUGAAUAUCAACGAACAGGGAUGUUAUCUCCAAAGUCAGACGUCUAUGCCUUGGGAAUGAUUAUUCUCCAGCUUCUUACCGCGCAGCCAGCUAUAGCACUGACCUAUACAGUAGAAAUAGCCAUGGAGAACAAUAAUGACGACGAGCUGAUACAGAUUCUUGAUAAAAAAGCAGGUGACUGGCCAAUGGAAGAGACCCGGAAACUAGCUGCAUUAGCCAUACAUUGUACAGAGAUCCGAGCUAAAGACAGGCCAGACCUGGAGAAGCAGAUUCUUCCAGCAUUGGAGAGCUUGAAGAAGGUUGCUGAAAAAGCAAGAAUAAUGAUUGCAUCUGCGCCGAAGCAACCUCCAAGCCACUUCAUCUGCCCAUUACUUAAGGAUGUGAUGAAUGAUCCAUGUAUUGCGGCUGACGGAUACACUUAUGACCGAAAAGCCAUAGAGAAGUGGAUGGAGGACCACCGUAGCUCGCCGGUGACUGAUUCGCCGUUAGAAAACCUGACCCUUUUGCCCAAUCACACUCUUCAUGCAGCCAUUGUCCAGUGGAGAUGUAGAAAUCAGUAAGGCAAACAAAAGCGGGAGCUCAGUGAUGAAUGAUGUUAUUGGAGAUUAUCUAUAUUAUUAAAGUUAAAUAACAAUAAAACUGUUUGGAAAUCUAUAUUAUUAAAGCAGAAAUCAAUUUAUGAACAU